CAUUUCUACGGUGCGGUUCAAAUUUGGUGGCUAAGAGCAUCAAAUGCGUUGCAGUGCGUGCUAAAAAGAUCAAAACGAGAACACUUCAAUCAAAACAAUAUAUAUAUAACUAUCGAUAUCUAUAUAUAUAUAUAUACAUACAAAAAGUGUUGUGCAUUUGAGCCCAGUUGGCCAAAAGUUGAGCGCAAAUCGAGCUAAGUGACAGCAUGACGUUAGCUGCUAACAGCUAACAGUAACUAAGAGCCUGUUAAACUAGCUACAUCUAUAUAGAAUAAAGAUAUCUGUACACAAAUAUAUAUAUAUAAAUAAGUAUAACUGAUCUUAGCUGAUAAUAUACACUGCUACAAAAUGGCUAUGCAAUAUCACAACUACAACAGCAGCACGCGCUACGAGAUGGUCGUCGAGAUAGCCAAUAUUGCACUGGAUGAGUUCAAGACCCAUCAUCUCAGUCGCAACUACACGGGCUUAGUGCAGCGCUAUUACCAGCUCGUCGAGGAGGAUUACGGCGAUCCGCGCGCGGAACGCUUUCCGCUUAUGGAGCAUCCGCUGUUCACAUUCGGUCUGGUUGCCAUUUAUCUGUCCUGGGUGCUGGUGCUGGGUCCGCUGUUCAUGCGCGAUCGCAAACCCUUCCAGCUGCGCCGCACACUCGUCAUAUACAAUGCCUUCCAGGUGCUGCUCAGCGGCUACAUGUUCUACGAGCAUCUAAUGGCUGGCUGGCUGAACAAUUAUAAUUUGAAGUGCCAACCGGUUGACUAUUCAGAUGGACCCAUGUCCAAGCGGAUGCUCAAUCUAUGCUACAUUUACUAUCUGUCCAAGUUAACCGAGUUCGCCGACACCGUGUUCUUUGUGCUGCGCAAGAAAUCUUCCCAAAUUACCUGGCUGCAUGUCUAUCAUCAUUCAGUAACCCCACUGGAAACCUGGGUGCUGGUCAAAUUCCUGGCAGGCGGCAAUGCGACAUUCCCCAAUCUGCUGAACAACUUUGUGCAUGUGUGCAUGUACUUCUACUACAUGAUGUCCGCCAUGGGACCGGAGUACGCCAAGUUUCUGUGGUGGAAGAAAUACAUGACCGAGCUGCAAAUCGCACAGUUUGUGCUUUGCAUUGUGCACACCACGCGCGCGCUCUUCAGCAAUCAGUGCCAGUUCUCGAAGUUUAUAUCGGCGCUGUUGCUGCUCAAUGCCUCCAUAUUCUUCUGCCUCUUCAUGAACUUCUACAUGCAGAGCUACAGGAAGACCAAAGCGCAACAGCUGCAGCAGCAGCAGCAACUGGCGGCAGCAACAGCGUUAGCUGAUGGCGACAACAACAACAACGCACUUUCGAAGGAUAAGCAGCAGCUGCAGCAGGAGGAGCAAAUGUUGGCGCACAAAUUGAAGGCGCUUUAAGAUGCCGCUCGAGAUGCUGCACGAAUCUGUGCAAUACAAAAGAAAUUGGUGUUGGUUCAACAAGCAGGCAGCUAAAGAAACAAAAAAAUUUAGAUUUGGAAUUAGUUUUCGGUACAAAGGUUUAAUUUUAAUUCGAGGGGGGAGCCAUAAAAAUGUUUAGCUAGAACAGCACACAAAUGCCUAAAGAACACAAAUAGAAGCCUUAGCCCGCAUAGAUUUAACAAAUUCUGCCAGAACUUAAGCCAGGGCCUAUGCAAUAUAUAUAUGUCUAGCAAUAAAGAUAUGUCUGGUAAUUUUGUUCUUUUUGACCAUAUAGAAACUUUGCUUGAUUGCUUGUCAUUGUUUAGCUUAGAGAACCAUUCGAGAACUGGGUCAACUUAAACGAUCUUAAGCCUAAGUGUAAGUCAUCUAAUUAAGAAUCUAAAAUAUAU